CAGUUCCAUCUUAAUAAUUAAAGCAUAUUCAAGAUUCUCUCUCUUCUUUCCUCCUCUCUUUCGCUCUCAGAUCGGUUAAACCCCAUACGUGGGGUUCAAUAAAUAGACCCGUUUCGUGUUUCAAAAAUUCAGCGAUGAUGACACUCCAUCACCCCUUCUCCCUACAAUAUGUCCCUUCUCUUUAUUUUCUCCUCUGAUUUCCUAUAAUGCCGCUUCCUAAAUUGCAUAUUUGUUUCCUUGUGCGGUUGUGCCGAAUUGUUCUCUAUCUUGCUGCAGAUUAGCUCUUGACUGAACACGUUUUUUUUCUUGUGAUCAACAACUUUUCUGAAGCCCGGAUUUUGUGAAAGAAAAUAAGCGCAACGUCACUAUGUCAAGGCAUGCUCAGCUCCCUCCUCGCUGCCCUCUCCAGAAGAAAACUGUAGCUCCCCAAGUUAAUGCAUCAAUGUCCCCAUUCUCAAGCAACGAUAUUGAGUUCCAUUCUAGGCAAAAUGGACAAUACAAAACCAACUCCGAGAGCUUCUUAUUUGAGGAGCCACCACCUUGGCUAAACGAUCUGUUGAGUGAUUUAGAUUUAGAUUUAGAUUUGGAAUCCGAAAGUUCAUUACCAGAUCUAGAUCAACUUAGUGAGAAGGAAUCUACGGGGUCUGGUGAGCCUAAUGAUAAAGUAGGCUCGUCUGGCAUCUAUGGCCCUAAUUCACCUCGAAGGAGAAACAUGUUAGACAUCCCUGAAAAUGAUAUUGCAUCAGCAUUUUCCGAAUAUGUUGGGCAACAUUCUCUGCAGAAUUCGGAUGGACAUUGCUCUCUCUCUGGAGUACAACCGGACUCAUAUAGUGAUGUACAUGCUUCAGCUGAUGAGAUCAGUUCCAACAGGAAGUGGAGUCACCCUGGGCAGAAGACUAGAGCUCGAAAGGUUCAAUAUAUUUCUGAGCUGGAAAGGACCGCUAAUUAUCUUCAGAAUGUUGGGUCCGAAUUGGCUGUUAGUGUUGCUUCCCUAUUCCAGCAGCAUGCUGCUUUGUCCUUGGAGAAUAACUGGUUGAAGCAGCAACUUUUUAGAAUGAAUCAGAAGAAAUUCAGUGUAGAUAAUGAAUACAUAAGUCUAAGGAUAGAAGUAGAGAGGUUGAGAACUGGUUUAGCCGUUUCCACCGAUACCAACAAGUUCCACAGCAGGCCACACUCCGUUGAUAGUGCCAUCUGGGACAUGUUAGAUAUACAAAAACUUAACCUAAACUAAAAAAACCAGGGUGUCUUCUUCAUCCUCAUGGGCGAAGCUCAUCACUUUGGUUUUCGACUCAUUUACGAUUUUGGGUAGGACUAGUUUUGAUGGUUAGCAAAGAAUACGGUGUCGAUAUUUGCACCCUCUGGAAUCUUGUCACUUUUCUAAUACCCUACAUCUAUUAUCAUUAUAUGCAUAAGGUUAUCUUUCAA